AUAUUCAUAUAAUAAAGAGAAAGUUAGGCCAGUAUGAUGGAUUGUGAGGAGGAAGAAAAUGAUGUAUCAGAUUUAGAAGAAUUGGAGUUUGCUUUGUAUUCUCAAAUUCAUUAUCAGUCAAAUAAAUCUGAUCCUACUGAAAUUCAAACCAAUCUUUGUGAAAAGCCACAGAGUACCCCUAACGUUCAUGAACAAUAUGACAUCAAUGUUAAAUGUGUUAACAAUGGGGAAUCAAAAUGUUCCUCUCCAAAGACAUGUUCAUCUGGAAGAAAAGAGAAUAACGGUGUUUUUGAAAAAUCUAGAAAAUUUAAUUCUGCAAGUACAUUACAUGAAGACAGUGCUAUAGGACUAGAGAGCUUUUUAAGUUUAGAUGGUCUUAGUAAAUCUGUAAUGAUAGAGUGUGACUCUUUGGAAUGCAGUGAAGAGGAAAACUCAAAAGCAACAGAAGUGGUGUCCAAAGAACGGAACAGUAGAGUCCAGGCUGAUUCUAAGAAAUCUGUGAUAGAGAUAGAAUCGGACAGUGAGGAUAGUGUUAUACUGCUGAGUGACCAUGUAACUGUUAAUAGUGAUUCAGAGAAUGUCUCUGUAGACAGUGAGGACAUGUUGUUAGAUGAGGAACUCUCAGACUUGGAGGGUCUACAUGUAAAUGUUGAGAGAGAGCACCAGUCCAAGCUCUCCAUGAAAUAUGACUUCGCCCAACAUCAGAAAACAUGGCAUAUAAUUGAUGCAGACAGAUAUGGGACAGUCCCUCACCAUGCUAAGGGACGUUACUAUGGCUCAGAGUUUGAAACGUGUCAAAACUGUAAACAAAAUGGACAUCUAGCAAGGAGCUGCUCUAAGCCAAAACUAAAGAUAUGUAUUCUGUGUGGUUUCAUUGGACACCUUCACUGGACCUGUCAUCAGCGAGGGUGUUUCAGGUGUGGCUGUCCAGGUCACAUGACCAGGGACUGCACCGAACCAUCUUUUUCAAAAUGGCACCCUUGUUUUCGAUGUGGCAUGCAAGGACACAACAAAAAGACUUGCCCAGAGCAAUGGCGACAGUAUCAUUUAACAACUAAUAGUGACAGUUUAAGAAAAGGGAAAAAGAAGAAAAACCGCAAGAAGCACUGCUACAACUGUGCAGAAAAGGGGCAUUAUGGAUUUGAGUGUGAGGAGGAGAGGAUGGAGAACCACUGCUUCCCCAGCUAUCCUUUCAUCAGUAGUUAUGACUUUCCAGGGAUCAAUGUCUCCAACAAGAGAGGUCCUGACCAAGAUUUUGAGGAACAAUAUCAGCAAAGGGCAAAAAAGAGCAAACCAGGAAACCAAGAAUGUACACCUAAAGAUUCUUCAAAUAAAGGAAAGAAAAAGAAGAGUCAAAAGCUGAAAAGGAUUUAUGACAGACUGGAGACAGAAAAAGAAUUGUCCAAGAGAAAGAAGAAAAAGAUUGAAAACUCCAACACAUUUGGUAAACAAAACUAUGCAUUGCCUGAUCUGUUUAGUAUAAAGCAGACUUCCAAAGACUGCCAGAGUUUAGAUAGAAAUACUGUAACCCAAAAGAAAACCAAGAAAAACAAAAAACUGAAAAGGAUAUACGAUAGAAUUGACACUGAGAAGCAACAACGGGUUAAUGGGACAAUGAAAAGGAAGGCAGGCAAAGAAGAAGCAAGGAACUGCAAUCCAAACUGGCAGAAAAUGAAAAAACAGGUGAAAGGUUCAACUGGACCAAGUCAAAACGUCAGGAAGAAUGGCAAAGCACACUGGAAGAGUCGAGAGCCUGUCAAUCCAAUGAAUUCUUCAAAAGGUUUCAAAACAAAAUUACCCGUUCAAAAAUAGUGUGUCUUUUUUUUUAUUCUUCAUGGAAUUAGACAGAGAGGUUAUUAUGUUUCCUUAAAAGGAGUAUGAAAAUUAUUAUUUAUUUUGGAUGAUGUCCACUGAUUGUGAUUAUAAAUAUUUCUUUAUUUACCAAUUUCAAGUGAUUUACUAACAUUUUUUUUGUAAGAAAAAAUUGAAAAAGGGAAUGAAGAAGUCAUUAUAUGCAUGCACAUGGUUGAUAAGUUAAUUAGAUUUUAAUUGUAGGUUACUGAGUGUAGAUUCCUUGUUUUAUUUGAAUUUUGUUAAAUCCCAAUUCAGCAAAUACUGUUACACAUGAAACUUAAAAAUCUCAAAUUCACUUCCCCAUAUUAUGCAGCAAUCGUUAGCUAAUGUUUGGUUAAAACAAUAACUAAUGUUAUACAUAUUAUGCUAGAAAAAGAUUAAUUCCAUGUGAAUAAUAUCAAGGAAUCUACAUUGCUAAUACUAGUACCUUCAUACAUUGAUUUCUGGUACUAUUAAUUAUAAUGUCAUUUGGUGUUUAUAAUUAACACUUCAGUUGUGGUUUUUUGUUUGUUUGCAACAACCUCAGGUUCAUUAAUGUACAAUACAUGGAAAUAAGGGGAAGGGGUGAAUAAAUUAUGGUGUGUCACUGACCUUUAUGCUUUGAAAUAACCUUGUGAAAUUCAGGACAACUGGUCAAAGUUAUUGUUUAAGAAACAUACAGUAAAUCUUAAGGAAUAUUUAAAUUCCCAAACAUACAUGUACCGGUACAUAAAUCAACAACAUCUAAAUGGUAUUGUUAUAUACUGCUCUAGAUAGUUACAUGUAUGAGUAUUUUUUCAUGAAAAUAUGUAACUUAAGUUUUGUUGAGUUGCAGUUUUAUAAUUAUUUAAAAGAUAUAUUUAUUGUGAUACUUUCUUAUAAACUAUUGAGUAUGUUGCAGGUUACAUUCCUAAAUCAACAUACCAUAUAACACAAGUAUGCUUUUUUGAUUUUUGAAUGAUAAUCCAAACAGGAUACACCUUAUUCCACUGUUAAAAAUGCAUCUGCAUGACUUUACUUACUUUAUCCUAUUGCAAAAGUAUUUGAUGUGUAAUUUCACUUGAACCAGAUUCUUUUCUGGUUGAAGAAUCUUAAUUAAAGGAAUAAACGAAAUAAAACAAUA